GAGUUUUCUUCGCCGGCGCUCCUGGUUUGCUAAGUGCCGGCUAACGUAGCAGUGGCUGCGCCCAGCGCCCAGGACGGGAGCCCCAGGCGAGUGCCGGCCGGCAGAACACAGGAGAAUCCCGGCGUCCCGGUCCCGGACGGCGUGGCCCGCGGGUCAUGGCCAAAGGAGAGGGCGCCGAGAGCGGAUCCGCGGCGGGGCUGCUCCCCACCGGCAUCCUCCAAGCCAGCGAACGGCCGGCCCAGGUGAAGAAGGAGCCAAAGAAGAAGCAGCAAUUGUCCAUUUGCAACAAGCUUUGUUACGCGGUUGGAGGGGCCCCCUACCAGCUGACUGGCUGUGCCCUGGGGUUCUUCCUGCAGAUCUACCUGUUGGAUGUGGCUAAGGUGGACCCACUCCCUGCUUCCAUUAUCCUUUUCGUGGGCCGAGCCUGGGAUGCCUUCACUGACCCCCUGGUGGGCUUCUGCAUCAGCAAGUCCUCCUGGACCCGUCUGGGCCGCCUCAUGCCCUGGAUCAUCUUCUCCACUCCUCUGGCCAUCAUUGCCUACUUCCUCAUCUGGUUUGUGCCUGACUUCCCUCCAGGGAUGGAAAGGUCGCAUGGGUUCCUUUGGUACCUGCUUUUCUACUGUCUCUUUGAGACACUGGUCACGUGUUUCCACGUUCCCUACUCCGCACUCACCAUGUUCAUCAGCACAGAGCAGAGUGAGCGGGACUCGGCCACUGCCUAUAGGAUGACUGUGGAGGUGCUGGGCACAGUGAUAGGCACAGCGAUCCAAGGACAAAUUGUGGGCCAAGCCAAUGCGCCUUGUCUCCAGGAGCAGAAUGGCUCUGCAGUGACCUCAGAAGUUGUCAACCGUACCCAGAGUGCCUCCUCCCUCAAAGAAACGCAAAAUGCAUACCUGCUGGCAGCAGGGAUCAUCGCCUCCAUCUACGUCAUCUGCGCCAUCAUUCUGAUUCUAGGAGUGCGGGAGCAGAGAGAACCCUACGAGGCCCAGCAGGCCGAGUCGAUGCCCUUUUUUCAGGGCCUCCGGCUGGUCAUGAGUCAUGGCCCCUAUGUCAAGCUCAUUGCAGGCUUCCUCUUCACCUCCCUGGCUUUCAUGCUGGUGGAGGGCAACUUCGCCUUGUUCUGCACCUAUACUUUGGGGUUUCGGAAUGAGUUCCAGAACCUCCUCCUGGCCAUCAUGCUCUCGGCCACCUUCACCAUCCCCAUCUGGCAGUGGUUCCUAACUCGCUUUGGCAAGAAGACAGCUGUCUAUGUCGGGAUCUCAUCAGCAGUUCCUUUUCUCAUCUUGGUGGCCCUCAUGAAGAGUAAUCUAAUCGUCACUUACGUGGUGGCCAUAGCGGCUGGUGUCAGUGUAGCGGCUGCCUUCUUACUACCCUGGUCCAUGCUGCCUGACGUCAUCGAUGACUUCCACCUGAAACACCCUCACUCCCCCGGCACCGAGCCCAUCUUCUUUUCCUUCUAUGUCUUCUUCACCAAGUUUGCCUCUGGAGUUUCACUGGGUGUGUCCACCCUCAGUCUUGACUUUGCUGAGUACCAGACGCAGGGAUGCUCCCAGCCAGAACAGGUCAAGUUUACACUGAAGAUGCUGGUGACCAUGGCUCCGAUCAUCCUCAUCCUGCUGGGCCUGCUGCUCUUCAAGCUGUACCCCAUUGAUGAGGAGAGGCGGCGACAGAACAAGAAGGCUCUGCAGGCGCUACGCGUGGUCUCACUUAGCUCAGGCCGAUGUCAACCUGGUUGUUUGAUGCCGACACAACUGACUUGGCUCUGCCUCCUAAGUGCUGGGAUGACAGCCACCCCCGCGGCGAGAUUCUGGUGAAUCCUCUCCUGCCGAUGAAGACAAUCGAAGUUUAGCCAGGAAACGUGGAUCAGGCUUUGAGCCCUGCCCUGUGUUCUAGCUGCAAUCUGUAUUCUUGGUGCCCUCCUGGCACACAGGCUCUCUGAUGUGGCCAGAUGAUAGGGCAGGGUGGAGUGACCCACGCCGCCACGUCAGCCAGUCAGGGCCAAUGGCCCUCUGAGGUUGGCUUGCGGUGUCCCUCGUUCAGCAGGAACAGCAACCAGCAGUUUCUGGGCCAACAGUGGGAGUGAGCAAACUGUCUUGUGGUUUUAGACAAGGCUGACAGCUGGCUUGGACUCUGGGGCCAUGGCUCCGAAGGCAGGUGGCAACAGGGGAGAGUAAAGACGCUUCUUCCUCCAACCUGUCUCCUCUUACUC